AUUUGUUUAUUUGGUCGACACUUUCGGAAUCUUUUUUAUAUUUUUUCUUUUUUCUUUCUCUCCACAGCAAAUUCACCUGGUUUGCUUCGAUUUCCUGAUCGCAAGUCACACACAACAUUUAUGACCAUUCGUCGGAUACUUAUCUAUCGACAGACGCUACAAUUUCCCAGACUAACCAAACAAUGUUAUUCAUCGAGGUGGUUACAGAUGGAAAAUUUAAUGAACCACCUCCAUCAGCUGAGGCAACAAUAUAAAGAGAGACAAAAACGGACUGAAACAGCUCUAAUAACUGUCAUUGACGCAUCUAUGUGUAGUAGAAGUACAAUUCAAACACAAACAUAUACAAUUGAUUGAAAAUAAUAAAAACAAGUGAAUGCAUGUAGGAUCCCGAUUAUAAGUAGCAACAGCGAAUCAUAGGUAUCACAUACAGCGUAGUUUGCGAAUACUGCUGAAGCAACAAUUUUUGCGCUUAUCUCCAGACUUGACGAGAGAUAUUUUUUUGUAAUACUUUGUCUUUUCUUCAAGUGCUUCGAAUAUCACAAAUUGUAAACAUGGUCCGAGCAUGGUACAUGGAUAGUGAAAACACCGAUCAACGAUUGGAACAUCAUCGCAAUCCACCGAAAUUCCUUGAACUAGACGAAUUGUACAAGAAAACUGGCGUGGAAUAUUUCCAGUUGAAUGCCGAUACGUUCCAAAUUGACGGAAGCUUGGAUAAAAUUCGCAAAGAACGCAAUUAUUCCUAUGAAGAUGAGAUCAUCUGUUCAAAGGAUUGCCUUCCGGACUAUGAAAACAAAUUAAAAUCAUUUUUCACCGAACAUUUGCAUUCGGACGAAGAAAUUCGAUUGGUUGUUGAUGGUUCCGGAUAUUUUGAUGUCAGAGAUGGCAACGACGAAUGGAUCCGUAUUGAAGUUGUUCGUGGUGAUUUAAUCGUGAUUCCAAAAGGGAUUUAUCAUCGCUUCACAUUGGACUCAAAUAAUUACAUAAAAGCCAAGCGCUAUUUUAUCGGUGAACCAGUUUGGUUGCCAUACAACCGUCCAGCUGACGAAAUGACAGUGAGACAGGAAUAUUUGCAGCAAUUGCAAAAAGGAUUCUAAAUAACUAUGUCCCGAUCAAAAGUCUUCCUCGAUCAAUUUGUAAAUAUCAAUUUUUAAAAGACCAAAGAAAAAACGAGAAAAUCCAAUAAAAAUAAAACAAUGUCAAUCAAAAUUGACAUGAAUUCGAA